CUUAAAAUAUUAAAUGUUGCAUGAUAAAAAUUGUUUUUAAUUUGUUUACCGCAUAUAAUUGCCGCUAUUUUUGGGGAACUUAGCACAUGAGAACUUUGUAUAUACUAAAAUGGCUGACGAAGAUUGGGCUGCAUUAGUCGAAGAUUAUGAAAAAAGCACAGAAAAAGUUAAGGAGUUAUCUGUUUCUGAUGAAAAACCUGUGGCUACAACAACAAAUCAAAACAAUGAAGAAGAGACACCUAUCAACUUAGCUGAAGCUUCUCUUAUGACAAAGGUUGUUCGUGAACAUAUUAUCAAUGUCAAAGCAAAUGUUGAAGUGCAGCAGAAAGAUCCAAACUCUCCUUUAUACUCAGUCAAAAAAUUUGAAGACCUGCAUUUAAAUAGCAAACUUUUAUCAGGAGUUUACUCUAUGGGUUUUAAUAAACCUUCCAAGAUUCAAGAAACUGCUUUACCUAUGCUUUUGGCAGACCCCCCAAACAACAUGAUUGCACAAAGUCAAAGUGGAACUGGAAAAACAGCUGCUUUUGUGUUAGCAAUGUUAAGCCGAGUUGAUGCUUCUAAACCAUACCCACAGGCAUUAUGUUUAUCUCCUACAUUCGAAUUAGCUCAACAGACUGGAAAGGUACUUGAGAAAAUGGGAAAAUUUUUAAUUGAAGAUGGUUUGAAGGUUUCCUAUGCAAUACGUGGCAAUAAAUUAUCAAUUGGUAGAAAAUGUAAUGAUCACAUUAUCAUUGGUACACCUGGAUCAGUACUUGAUUGGGUAAUGCGUUAUAAAGCAUUUGAUCCUCAAAAAAUAACAAUUUUUGUUUUGGAUGAAGCUGAUGUCAUGAUUUCUCAACAAGGCCAUCAGGACCAAUCAAUAAGAAUCAAAAAACUCCUGAAACCAGAUUGUCAGCUGCUUUUAUUCUCAGCAACAUAUGACAGUGAAGUUAUGAAUUUUGCGAAUAGUGUAGUUUCUGAUGCAGUAGUUAUACGACUACGUAAAGAAGAAGAAAGCUUAGACAAUAUAAAACAGUUUUAUGUUAUGUGUGAUUCUGUUGAGGCAAAAUACGAAGCUCUUGCGAAUCUGUAUGGUGCUUUAACAAUUGGUCAGACAAUGGUUUUUUGCCAUACAAAAAAAUCAGUAAACUGGCUUGCUGAGAAAUUAUCAAAAGAUGGCCAUGCUGUUGGAUUACUCACUGGAGAUCUAGAAAUUGAGCAAAGAAUUGACAUACUUAAUCGAUUUCGUGAUGGUAAAGAAAAGGUUCUCAUAGCUACAAACGUUGCAGCUCGUGGUAUUGAUGUUGAACAAGUAACUAUUGUCAUAAAUUAUGAUUUACCUGUUGAUGCUAUGAACAGACCAGACUUUGAAACAUAUCUUCACAGAAUAGGGCGCACAGGUAGAUUUGGAAAAAGAGGUCUCGCUAUAAAUUUUGUGGACGGUCGUAAAACCAUGGCAAUGGUAGAAGCAAUUAGUAAACAUUUUGGUAAACCUAUAGAUCUUUUACAAGUAGACGAUUUAGAUGAGCUUGAAAAACUUAACGCAAAAUAAAAGUAUAAGUUUACUUGUAUAUUUAAUAAAAAUAUUUCUAAAUGUUUUUUAGAAAACAAAUUUCUACACUUAUGUGUAGAAUUUCUACUAUGA